AUGUUGGUUUGCCGAUAUUGGAGGGAUGUCGCGAUCGACACCCCAGAAUUGUGGGCGGAUAUCUGCGUGAGCCCGCACGACUCCCUCGAGAAAGCGCAUCGCAAGCUUGCGCGUUCGAAGUCGGUGCCUCUCGAUAUCACGAUCAACUUCACUCCUCGGGUUGACAAUGCGAGCGGUGCCAUGGAGAGUAUCAUUCAUGCGAUGGAUCUCAUUCGUCCUGCGCUUUGGCGAGCAAGGUCCUUUCGCCUCAGUGUUCCCAACAAACCACAAGCACAUGCUGCCCUUCUGCGCUGUAAAGAAGAAGCUCCCUAUUUGGAAAGUCUGUGUAUCCGCAUAUUCCAUUCUAUGCAGGAAGACCAUUACUCCAGCCCCUGCCUUCCGCUCUUCAAGGGGCAUACUCCCCGCCUUCGCUCGUGCUCUUUCACGUCCUUUAAUUUCAAUUGGGACAGGAGAGUCGUAUCAAACCUACGUGUGCUCCACUUUGGGGGCUACUGGAACGGGUCUUCUCCAUCUGUCGACACCUUGCUAGACAUUCUACGAGGCUGUCCAGGUCUCGAAGAGCUUGCAUUACGCAAUAUGUCGGACGUGGACCCCGAGACUUGUGUUUCUCUCGAACAUGAGUUUAUGUCUACGAAGGUCGUGAAACUGCCGAGGCUUAUCAAGGCCUCGUUCUAUUAUGCAGGCAUUAUGCGCACUCGCAUGCUUCUUAGUCAAAUCUCGUUCCCCGCGCUUGAGUCGCUUGACUUCUGCUACCUCGACAAUCUCACACCAGUUUUGGAGCACCUUCGACAACAGUCUCUAACUUCCCUUCCACUCAAGUUUCUUCGUAUCGAGUCAAGUUUCUUGAACGAACCGAAGUUCAUAAUUCUACUUCGGCGGCUUCCAUCAUUGGUUACUCUGGAGCUGGUUGACGUGGAGGAUAUCACAUGUUUCUUGUUGAAGAGUCUUUCUUCACCGCCCAUGGCCCAUCCUUGGGUGUGUCCCAAGCUAGACCGUCUCAACCUUGACGGGUGCACUGCACUCGAAUGGGAUGCUCUGCGAGGCCUCGUGGAAUCUCGUCUCUGUGGUCGCCCACCUCAACUCUCUUCUGCUUCAGCUGCAGCAGCCUCGCGCUCAACAUUCGUAUCCACCGCGUCUGCGUCUGCCCACAUCCAUGCCUUGUCCCUCAGUCGCUCUACGACGCCCACAGUGCAGCCUUGUCGCCUGUCGUCCAUUGAUGUUACACGCUGUCAUCAGAUCAGCAAAGACAUGGUGCAGUGGCUCAAGAUGUACGUCCGCGAUGUUCGCUGUGAGCCGGCAAAAGGGAUAUGGGGAGAGUCUAUCCUACCCUAG